GGCACCCUCACCCCGCCGCCGCGGCUGCCCCGGAAGGCGGAGGACGCGGGGGACGAGGUGUUCAGGGACGCCGAGACCAGCCCCGGCUCCAGCCCCCCCACCCUGACCCCCAAGCUGAGCCGCCGGCCCCAGGGGCCCGGGGAGGGGGUCAAGACCAGCGCCCUGCAGGCGGAGCUCCUGCAGAAGCCCAACGCCUUCACGGAGGAGGGCCGCGGCCGCAGGCUGAAGCAGCAGCAGCCCGAUCACCUGGCCCCGAGGGAGAAGGGCAAGCUGCAGAAGCCCAAGCCGGCGCCCCCACCACCUCCGCCCUCCUCCGCCAAAUCGGGAAAGGUCUCCUGGAGCCCCACCCAGGACGCCCCCGCCGUCAUCUCGGAUACCAAAGCAAAACCCUUUUCUCAGCUGCCCGAGCCCCUCCCUGCGAACACCAGCCCGCCGGAGGCUGGGAGAGCCCUCCAGCCACCAGAGGGAGCCAAAAAAGUCCUGCUGACCGGGGCGCCGAAACUCCAGCAGGGCAAGGGCUCCCCCUCGUCCGCCGGCGGCCAGCAGGCGGCGCCGCCGCCGCCGUCGCAGCCGCCGGGGCCCUCCGGCGGCGAGCAGGCCUCGCCCACGGCCUUCAUCCCCCUCAUCAGCACCCGCCAGUCCCUGAGGAAGACCCGGCAGCCGCCGGAGAGGCACGUGAGCUCGGCCAUCACGCGGGAGAUGGUGCUGGAGGGCACAGAGCAGCUGCGCGCCGCCAUCGGCCGGAACUCGGAGCAGACGGGCAGCCACGGGGCGGUGCUGGAGGCCGGCAAGAACCUGUCCAAGUACUGCGUCAGCUACGUGGAGUCCAUUCAGCAGAUGAGGAACAAGUUCGCCUUCCGGGAGGCCAUCAACAAGCUGGAGAGCAGCCUGAGGGAGCUGCAGAUCUGCCCGGCCACCACCGGGGGCGCUGCUUCCACGCAGGACUUCACCAGGCUGCUGUCCUCCGUCAAGGAGAUCAGCGACAUCGUCCAGAGGUAGCAGAGGGGCUCCCGAGGGAAGCGCUGCGACCGCUCGUCGUGUCGUUUAACGUCGUGUAAGCAAAAGGGCACAGGAUUUCAGUCACACGAGGCACGUUUACGCGGCCUUCCUCGCCUUCCGUCGGGGAGGGGACGCGAGGGGGGAAAAAACAGGCUUUCUGUGCACAGGAUCAAAGGAACCUUUUGGAAUUUUUAGAAUGUUUUUUUUUUCGGCCUUUUUAAAAUACGAAAAUCUGAACGGAGCUCGGCCGGCCUUUAAAAGGACAGCUUACAUCCAAUGUUGUAUCACUUGAAUGAUCUGUAGUGGGUCCUUAUUUUCUCCCUAACUUCAGGUGUCAGGUUUGUUUGUUUUUUUAUCUCUGUCGUUAAAGCAAGUAGCUUGGGUGUACCGUGUUUUUAACUGAAACCGGGCAGUUUGCACAUGUAUGUCGGUGCAAUUUCGAAUCGUUUUACAAUGCAGAUGUUGUGAACCCUUUGUCACAAAUACCAAAUGUUGAUUCACAGUCUUAGUGUGUGUGAUCACCAGUCAGUGCCUCUUCAGUGCCAGCCUAUGUGAUGAGGGCUGAAGGGCCAGGCUGGGUCGGAUGCCUUAUCUGAGAUACACUUUAACAGCCUAGAAUAAAUGGGCACACUGGAAGAGCCAUAAAGGCUAAUUUCAGAAAACAAAGCUGCUCAAGGGUCCGUCUGUCUGUCUGUCUGUCUGACAGGAGUGGAGGACUUGUUUUACUCCGGUGUCUUAGAGAUCCAAUUUAAUAUCUUUAUGCUUUCCAAGAACGUUACCGUCACCUUUUAUUGUCGAGUGGUGGUAGAGUCCUGUCUUGGGAGGGAGAAGGGAUUGAGAAAAGAGAAUUUAGCAUCUGUUCGCAGCCUUACUAGUGCCUUAAAAUGCCUUCAAUGGAAAUGCAAAAAGAAAGAGACUGCAAACCAGCCCUUGGAGAAUGGCCUUCAAAAACGUUUAAAUCGGCUGCCUGGAAUAUCUACGGACUUCUGAUCCUGUACCGAAAACACUACUGUUUCGAAAGGAUUUGGAAAAGGAACCUAGAAUCUGCAUUGGAAACGCAAAUUCCCUGGGAUUGGAAACGUACUUUGAUUUCUUUUUUGCUGUUAUUUUGGUCGUCUUCAGAGUGAAUACUAAGGCUGUCGGUGUGCGUUUUAUCAGUCUGUGUAGGGACAGAUCUUGGUAAUAUUUGUAUAUACUUACCAAAACCAAUAAGUCACUUUGUAGUCAGUGGUUAUAUUGUUAGGAUUGUCCUUUUUGUUUUGUUUUUUAAAUAAUGUAAUUAAUUUUUCAGUAUUAGUUAAUGCUCUUUUCAACACAUUUGCCCUCACUGACUGCAGUGACUGAGGCCACAAUUUACCACGAGCUGCCUUCUCUCCUUCUCACCAAGGUACUGUGUUUUUGUUGUCUUUGUUUUUUUUGUCCUUAUUAAAAAGUGCCACUAUCUGUUCCACUUGUAUCCGAGCCUCACCAAUUUAGACCUGUAGUUACGUUUUUUCCUUUUGUGUAAAUAUCUCCUGUUUCCUUUGUUGUUUUUCCUCUGUAACACCUACAGUGCAAUUCUCUGAUAAAAUACAAAGCAUUUAUGCUACUUGAAAUGAA